AUGCCUACACGUCAAAUAAUUAAAGAAGGUUGUUUACAAACUAAACUUAUUAAAUAUAAGGGAGCAUUAAUGUUUAAAAAAAAAAAAAUAUUGUAUGAAAAAGAAAAUUGUUGGGUUGUACUUUGUAAACAUGAUGAUAAAAUUCCUCUUCUUGAAUGGUAUCCCUCAAGUUUGGCUGUUGAAAACCAUAAACCAGCCCAAGUUGCUGACUUGUUGAAUGUUUCUUACAUAACACAAACUGUUGGUGAAGAUAGAGCUUUCAUAAUUGGUUUUGAUGACCCUCAACGGGAGCCUUUAGAAUUAGUAUCAUUAUCAUUAGAUGAAUGUAAUUUUUGGAUUGAACAGAUAAGAGAAACUUUAUCAUCAUUAAAUUGUUUAUCACAAACUUUAGAAAAUAUGUAUACAAUAAUACCAGAAGAUAACUCAUCUCAAAAUGGUGUAGAAGAUAAUAAUAAAAGAAGUAGUAGUGAAUAUCCAAAUAAUUUUCAAUCAAAUAAUGAUAAUACUUCCACCUUAUCAUGUUCUUCAAAUUCUAAAAAUGAAAUAAUGCCUUUUUCUAAAGAAUUAGGAAAAGAAGAAGAAAAAGAUAGAAAAAUCUUAAUUGAAUCACCCUUAUCGAAAAAUAUAAAUUCUUUAUCAAAAAAUGAAGUAACUAAUAAGAAUGAUUAUGAAGAAAUGAAGGAAAUUAAUGGAAGUUAUAGUAAUCUUCAACAACCACUAAUUUUAGUUGUUCCGGAAGUAGAAGCUCCACAUAUAACAAAUAAUCGCUCUUUGACUUCUAUGUCAUCAUCUUCUUCUACACCAAAUAUUAAUAAUUCAAAUUUAUUAGAUAAAUCUUCACCAACUAAUAAAAUAACAAAUUCUUCAAGUCCUGAAAUAAAUAAUAAAAAAAUGCAUAAUAAUUAUCGACAUGGAAUACGUUCAAAAAAUAAUAAAUUAAAUAUUCCAAAAUCACCAAUACCAAAUUUACCACCAAGAAAUUUUGAUGAUAAUGAUUUUAAUGAUAUAUCAUCAAAUAAUUUAUUGAUAAAAAAUAUGAUUAAGGAAGAAAAUAUUUGUAAAAAUUUCAAUCCACCAAGUCCUGAACCAAUAAGUUAUACAUCAAAUCUUAUAUAUGAUAAAUUAUAUAAACCAUUUAAACAAUCAGCACCAUCAACAACAUCCUCUGAUAAUGAUACAUGUUCAUCAUUAGCUGAUAGUAUUGCUUCAAUGACACUUAAUAAUUUAUUACCAUUAAAAACUGGUAGAUAUAAAACAAAUUUAAAUGAAGUUCAUUCAACAGAUUUUUAUGAUACUUUACCUGUAUUAUUAAAUGUACCACAAUCACUUACAACAUCUGAUACAAUUUAUGAUACUUUACCUAUUGAUUCAGCUGAUUUAUUAAAUGAACAUCGUGUUAGAAACUUAUCAUUAGUAUAUACUGUUAUUGCUGAACAUAUUGUAUUUGUUGAAAUAUCAGGUAGAGUAUUUGUUGGUGGAUGGACAAUACAAAUGCAUCCUAAAUUAAUUGGUCUUAUACAUGUUGGUGAUGAAAUUAUUGAAUGUGAUAAUAAAAUUAUUAAAGAUCUUGAACAUUUUCAUAAUAUAUUAUGUCAACAUGAUUUAUCUGGAAAUCCUAUUUCAUUAAGGAUACGUUCAAUACCAUUUGGUAAAGUAUUUUUUAUUAAAAAAAUUCCAAAAACAUCACCAGAAGAAUUAUUAGGAUUAAUAUUAAAAAGAAAAAAAAAUGUUAUUGUAAAUGAUAAUAGAGAAAUAUUUUUAAAAUCGGAAAAUUGUACAAAUGAAAAUAAUAUUAAUUCAAAAAAUGAAAUGAUUUAUGAAACAUUAACAACACAAGAUUCAACAUCACCUGUAAUAACAGAAUUGAAUGAUAAACCUACUAAUAUGUUUGCUACAUCAGAUGAUCAUUUGUAUCGUAGAAUUGACAAGCUUCCUAAAAAUUCACAUUUCUCUAUAAUCAUACAUCCACGGGACUUUUCAAGAUUAAUCAAGGCAAAUAUAAAGCAAUCCCUAACUUUUAUACGUUUUAUUCAUGAUCAGUAA